AAGCUCUUUAGCUCUUUUUGUAGUCUCAUUUUAUUAAUAUAUAUUAUAACCAACUCUAUUUGCAUUACAAUGGACAUGACUAUGUCUGUGGUCCAUUCCAAAAAGUUGUCCACAUUUAUAGGCAGUGCUACCCUGGGCCACCACUCUAGUCUGCUCUCCAGCAUUCCUUUGCCAUUCGCCUGCUUUAUUCUGCUGUGGGGGCAGUUGCAGUCUAUUUUCUCAGCCAAUGUUUCCCAAUUGUCUCAUGAGAGCCCUGCUAUUUAA